CUGCAGGCACACCAAGAUGAAGACAGCCACCAACAUCUACAUCUUUAACCUGGCCCUGGCAGACACCCUGGUCUUGCUGACACUGCCUUUCCAGGGCGCAGAUAUCCUCCUGGGCUUCUGGCCAUUUGGGAACGCCCUGUGCAAGACGGUCAUCGCCAUCGACUACUACAACAUGUUCACCAGCACCUUCACCCUGACCGCCAUGAGCGUGGACCGCUACGUAGCCAUCUGCCACCCCAUCCGUGCCCUGGACGUCCGAACGUCCAGCAAGGCCCAGGCUGUGAACGUGGCCAUCUGGGCCCUGGCCUCCGUGGUUGGUGUUCCCGUUGCCAUCAUGGGCUCGGCACAGGUCGAGGAUGAAGAGAUCGAGUGCCUGGUGGAGAUCCCCACCCCACAGGACUACUGGGGCCCCGUGUUUGCCGUCUGCAUCUUCCUCUUCUCCUUCAUCAUCCCUGUGCUCAUCAUCUCUGUCUGCUACAGCCUCAUGAUCCGGCGGCUCCGUGGUGUGCGCCUGCUCUCGGGCUCCCGGGAGAAGGACCGGAACCUGCGGCGCAUCACCCGGCUGGUGCUGGUGGUGGUGGCCGUGUUCGUGGGCUGCUGGACGCCCGUGCAGGUCUUCGUGCUGGUCCAGGGGCUGGGUGUUCAGCCGGGCAGCGAGACCGCCGUGGCCAUUCUGCGUUUCUGCACGGCCCUGGGCUACGUCAACAGCUGCCUCAACCCCGUCCUCUACGCCUUCCUGGACGAGAACUUCAAGGCCUGCUUCCGAAAGUUCUGCUGCGCAUCUGCCCUGCGGCGGGAAACGCAGGUGUCUGACCGCGUGCGCAGCAUUGCCAAGGAUGUGGCCCUGGCCUGCAAGACCUCCGAGACCGUGCCGCGGCCCGCAUGACUAGGCGUGGACCUGCCCAUGGUGCCUGUCAGCCCACAGAGCCCGUCUACGCCCAACACGGAGCUCACACAGGUCACCGCCCUCUAGGCUGACGCAGCCUGAGCCCUGGGCACCCAGAGCCUCGAAUGGGCUUUCCCUCUGGCCCAGGGACACGCGGUCCCAGAGGAGGACCUAGUGACAUCAUGGGACAGGUCGCAGCAUUAGGGCUGCCUCCGUGGCCCCAGUCACAUUCAAGCCGCCCUCCCGGCGCAGGGCUUGGGGGACACGAGGACUCCGCCUGGAAGCAUCCAUCGCCCUGGUGGACGCGCCCGAUCGGAGCCCACGCAGCUGCUUCCACAGUCCAGUGACUCUCUCUGGCCCAUCCCCUUGCGGAGUCUGUGGACCCCACGUCCUCUGGACGGGCCACCACAGGUGUGACAGCAGUUGCGUGGUCGUGUGCACCCACGUGCCGGGUGCUGUGUGCGUGGCAGGGCUCCGGCUGCCUUCAGCCCCAUGGCAUCUGCUCAGGGCAGCCGACAGGCUUGGCACCGGCUGGGAGCGCAGUGGGCGGCAUUUCUUUGGGGUGGGACUUGCCCUGAGGUUGGAGCUACCGCCUGCCUGCUCUGACCCCACCUGUGCAGCCGGGCUGCCUGCAGAGGGGGUGUCCGGGUGGCUGUCAGCCCCCGGCUGGAG